AUGUUCAUUGCCGAUACCCUGAGCCGAGCAUAUAUUGAUAAAAGUACUGACACGAUUGGUAAAGGUGAUAUAUUUCAUCUGUCACUGGCUAAUGAAAUUGAAGAAAUUGAUAUGUUGAAAGAUAUUCCAGUGUUGGACAAAACAAUGCAUGUUUUACAAAAAUCUACAGAGAUAGAUUCGACAAUGCAAACUCUUAGAGCCCUCAUUGAAGAUGGAUGGCCGAUUACCAAGAAACAGCUUCCACGGUCCAUGCAAGAAUAUUUCAAUUUUAGAGAAGACCUCACUGUUCAAAAUGGGCUUAUUUUGAAAGGAUGUCGUAUUGUGGUACCAGAAUCUGCCAAACAAUAUGUUCGGCAGCGCAUACACGCAAGUCACAUUGGGAUACAGGCUUGCAUUCGUAGAGCAAGAGAGGUUCUGUUCUGGCCAAAAAUGGCCAGUGACAUACAUGAUUAUGUCUCGCCAUGCACUACUUGUCGAGUGUUUCAACCUAAUCAACAAAAAGAGCCGAUAAUUCACCAUGAGAUUCCUUCUCGACCAUGGCAAAUUAUUGCGUCCGAUUUAUUUGAAUUGCAGGUUGACAGACUUCAUACGACGACAUCUGCAGAAGUUAUCAAAGCAUUAAAACAACACAUGGCUAGACACGGCUUGCCUGGAAAGCUGAUUUCUGACAACGCUCCUCAAUAUAGUAGCGAGGAAUUUAGAAGAUUUGCUGAAGAUUAUGAAUUUCAGCAUGUUACAAGCUCUUCUACAUGGCAAAGCAGAGUCCGCCGUUAA